GAGACACUGACUUGCAACUACCUGCUAGCGUCCAGCAACAACUUGGUACAUGUUUGACCACAUCUGCUAUUUUCAAUGGUUCUAUGUUCAACUGAUGGCAUCCCUCUGCCCUAAUUAACAAUUAAGUAAUUCAAACCAGAAAGGUGUUACUUCUGCUGGUUGUGUUUCUGAGUGGCCAUUUUUGAUGAAUACACAUUGCCUGCACAUUGAAAAAAACUAUGUUCAGAGUUUGUCUAUUCAAGAAGCCUUUAAAAAGAACCUACAGACAGUAUACACCGGAGGCCUUACUUAAUGCUUAUAAAGAGGUAACAGAGAAAGGCAUAUCUGUUAGGAAAGCUGCUAGAUUAUUCGGUGUGCCGGAAGUAACACUUCGUAUGAGGGUCACAGGUGCAGUGGACACUGAUACAGUCAAAUCUGGUCCAAGUCCUCUCUUUUCUACAGAACAGGAGCAAAGGUUAAUUGAUCAUGUUGAAGUAUUAACUAGAGUUGGCUUUGUUUAUACUAGAAUUGAACUAUGUAAUCUUGCAACGGAAUAUGCUGUAAGUCUUGGUCUUCGACAGGAAGAAAAUCCUCUAUCUCUGCAAUGGUUACGGAGUUUCAUUUCCAGGUGGCCAAAUUGGGCUGUAAAAAAACCCAGGACCCUUUCUAUGGCCAGAACUAAGGCAACAUCUGAUGAAAGUGUCAAGGCCUAUUAUGAAGAACUGGGGAAAGUACUUGAAAAGCAUGGUCUGCAAGACAAGCCGAAGAACAUCUAUUAUGUUGAUGAAAAAGGCAUAUCUGAUAAUCAUUGUCCAUCAAGAACUGUGGCUGAUAAUGAUAAAAGGCCAGCCUCCGACACUGGUGCCAGUGACACGGCCUACACAGUGACAGUUUUAGGUGCGGGCAAUGCCACUGGUACCGCUAUUCCAGCUUAUUUCGUAUUUCCUGGUGCUCGAAUGAGAAAGGAUUUGCUGGAUGGAUCAACCGCUGGAGUUUCCGGGACUGUGAGUAAGAAUGGUUGUUCGAACAGUAGAAUAUUUCGCCAGUAUCUUGAAACCCAUUUUUUGAAACAUGCACAAAGACGUGAUAGCACAGAACCACUUCUGCUUUUGUAUGACGGGUACAGAUGUCAUCUUUCUGUGGGUAUAAUCGAAUGGGCAAAACAACAGAACAUCAUCUUGUUUGUAUUGCCGGCCCAUACAAGCCAUAUUCUACAACCCAGGGACACAGGCUGUGUGGAAGCUUUCCAAACAAAAUAUGACGAUUUGCGCGAAAAAUUCAUGAAGGAAAAAUCUGUAUCCAUGAUAUCUAAGCAUGCAACUUGUGAACUAGCAUGCAAAGCAUAUAACCAUGGUUUGUUACCAGCAAAUCUGCGUUCAUCAUUCAAGAACUGUGGAGUUUACCCUUUUGAUCCAGCCACCAUUAAAAAGCUGUCCUUUGCAUCAGAUUAAAGCUACCAUUGAGAUACUGGCUCCAUUUCUGUACAUGAUGAUCCUGAAAGUGAAAGAUGCUCUUUCUAGCACAGAAAGUGCAGGUCAGGAGACCUGAUACAUUACCGUAAUAGUCCAUGUGAAGCUGUUACUCAAAGUCAGGGGAGUAAAGAAGAGUAAUAAUGUUUUUGACUUAAUAGUGUAAAUAUGUUUUAUAAAUCACUCGCAAGAAAAAAAAAUGGUUUCAUGUCUGCU